AGCUCCCUGUGAAAUAUGCUGUCUACAUGGUGAUCAGCAGGCAGGAAGAAUCUACCAAGUACUUCAAUUUUUCAACUUCUGAUGAGAAGAGCAAGAAAGAAGCUGAGCAUCGUUAUCGUGUGAAUAACCUGAGUCAGCGAGAUGUGGCCAUCAGCAUUAAUUUCUGGGUUCCUAUCCUGCUGAAUGGUGUGACUGUGUGGGAUGUGGCAGUUGUGGCCCCUUUAGAGAGUGUCCACUGUGUGGCAGAGAGGGAGCCUCCCCAGCAUCCUGACUUCCUGACCCAGAAUACAGAGAGUCUUGUGCUGAACUGCUCCAUUGCUGACUGCCAGAGGUUCCGCUGUGACCUGCCCUCCUUUGAAAUCCAGGAGGAACUUGACUUCAUCCUGAAGGGCAACCUCAGCUUUGGCUGGGCCAGCCAGACAUAGCAGAAGAAGAUAUAGAUUGUGAGUGUGGCUGAAAUCAAGUUCAACAGAUCCGUGUAUUCCCAGCUUCCGGGACAGGAGGCAUUCUUGAGAGCUCAGAUGGAGAUGGUACUGGAGAAGUAUGAGGUCUACAACCCCAUCCCCAUUAUUGUGGGCAGCUCUGUGGGAGGAUUGCUGCUGCUGGCUCUCAUCACCGCCGUCCUCUACAAGGUUGGCUUCUUCAAACGUCACUAUAAGGAAAUGAUGGAGGAAGCAAAUGGACAGACUGUCCCAGAAACUGGGACAUCAGACCCACAAGUUGCCCAGUAGAAAGCUACCUCCUAUUCUCCCUUGGGCCUGUUCUCUUCUGAGAGGUUUCCUGACCCUCUUACUCUCACCUAAGGUAGGCCAGCAGGGGGAGGAAUGGUCCAUGUGAGGGAGGCCAGGAUCAGGUUGCUUUCUCCCUUUGGGAAGAUGCAUUGUGUUCCCCAAAGUGCUUGCCUGGGAAAGGCUAUUUGUUUUGUCAAGGCUGCAACUGGAAAUCCCAGAACAGGAUCUUCACCAUGCCCCUGGGUGGACUUGAUUUUGAUAUCUACCUAGAAAUAUACGAACAAUAGCCUCAGGCUCCAUCUCUCUUCCUUCUUUAGCCAUGAAUGAUGUUUCUAAA